GUCUGUGGGGCCGGAGUCCGGUGCGGUCCCGGGUGAGCAGCGCGUGGCUGGUGGGCGGGGCAGAGCCAUUGUUCGUCCGAGGACCGAGCCCCCGACGCUCGCCCGAGAGGGAGGCGGGGCUUCCCGCGUCCCCUGACCCCAGGGUGGCGGCCAGGUCCCCCUGCCAAGCGCCUGGGGAGACGGGAAGAUGGGACCGAGUUGUGAGUAGUAGUGGGCGCCCCCGAGGCUUCCCCACCGUUUCCUGAGAAACUUCCCCAGUGCCCACCCACCCAUUCGCCGAGUGCCCCGGGCCGGUCCUGGGCUAGACCCCGCGCCCCAGCCCCAAACAGGGGCCCCAGCCCCUUCCAGAGAGAAAGCUCCCGACGCGGGAUGCCGGGCAGAGGCCCAGCGGCCGGUGGAAGAGAAGCCGAGGAGAAAGGGAGGGGAGGGGGAGCGAGGAGCUGGCGGCAGAGGGAACAGCAGAUUGCGCCGAGCCAAUGGCAACGGCAGGACGAGGUGGCACCAAAUUCCCUUCGGCCAAUGACAAGCCGGAGUUUACAGGAGCCUCAUUAGCAUUUCCCCAGGGGCAGGGGCAGGGGCCGGGGCCCGGCGGUGCGGUGUCGGUGUCGGCAGCAUCCCGGCGCCCGGCUGCUAUUGCUUCGAGCCUCGGCCUCUGUCUCCUCCCCGUCCCGCCCUCACCUCCACGCGGGGCCGCCCGCGCCAGUCAACUCCGCGCACUUUGCCCCUGCUUGGCAGCGCAUAAAACGGGGGCUGAAAAAAUACAGGAUACGGUCACCCACUGCCAGCUCUAGCCUUUAAAUUCCCGGCUCGGGAACCUCCACGCACUGCGGCUCGGGCCCCGACACCCAUCCAGCGUGCACCGGCGAGCUCUGAAACCGAAGUCCCCCGGCGCCCCCGAACUCCGCUCCGCAGCCUCAGCCCCUGGAAAGUGAUCUCGGCAUCCGAGAGCCAAGAUGCCGGCCCACUUGCUGCAGGAGGAGACUCUCUGCUUCCUCUCCCUUCCAGAUCUCUAGCUCCUAUACCACCACCACCACCAUCACAGCGCCUCCCUCCAGGGUCCCGCAGAAUGGAGGAGAUAAGUUGGAGAAGACGCCCCUCUAUUUGGAAGAAGACAUUCGCCCAGAUAUGAAAGAUGAUAUAUAUGACCCCACCUACAAGGAUAAGGAAGGCCCAAGGCCCAAGGUUGAGUAUGUCUGGAGAAACAUCAUCCUGAUGUCUCUGCUACACUUGGGCGCCCUGUAUGGGAUCAUUUUGAUUCCUACCUGCAAGUUCUACACCUGGCUUUGGGGGUUAUUCUACUAUUUUGUCAGUGCCCUGGGCAUAACAGCGGGAGUUCAUCGCCUGUGGAGCCACCGAACUUACAAAGCUCGGCUGCCCCUGCGGGUCUUUCUGAUCAUUGCCAACACAAUGGCAUUCCAGAAUGAUGUCUUUGAAUGGGCUCGUGACCACCGUGCCCACCACAAGUUUUCAGAAACAGAUGCUGAUCCUCAUAAUUCCCGACGUGGCUUUUUCUUUUCUCACGUGGGCUGGCUGCUUGUGCGCAAACACCCAGCUGUCAAAGAGAAGGGCGGUACGCUGGACUUGUCUGACCUAAAAGCUGAGAAACUGGUGAUGUUCCAGAGGAGGUACUACAAACCUGGUGUGCUGCUGAUGUGCUUCAUCCUGCCCACACUUGUGCCCUUUUAUUUCUGGGGUGAAACUUUUCAACACAGCUUGUACGUUGCCACUUUCUUGCGAUAUGCUGUAGUGCUUAAUGCCACCUGGCUGGUGAACAGCGCUGCCCACCUCUACGGAUAUCGUCCUUAUGACAAGAACAUUAGCCCCCGGGAGAACAUCCUGGUUUCCUUUGGAGCUGUGGGUGAGGGCUUCCACAACUACCACCACUCCUUUCCCUAUGACUACUCUGCCAGUGAGUACCGCUGGCACAUCAACUUAACCACAUUCUUCAUUGAUUGCAUGGCUCUCCUCGGUCUGGCCUACGACCGGAAGAAAGUAUCCAAGGCCGCCAUCUUGGCCAGGAUUAAAAGAACUGGGGAUGGAAGCUACAAGAGUGGCUGAGUUUGGGGUCCCUCAGGUUCUUUUUCAAAGUCAGCCAGGCAGAGGUUUUAUGUCUGUUUAUUAACUACUGAAUAAUGCUACCAGGAUGCUAAAGAUGAUGACGUUAACCCGUUCCAGUACAGUAUUCUUUUAAAAUGCGAAAGUAUUGAAAGUCAAGAACUCUGUCUUUAUGAUGCUAAGCUGAUAUUUUUUCUUCUAUCCUCUCUCUCUUCUAAGCCCAUUGUCCUCCUUUCACUUUGUUGCUAUCACCUUCCUUUCUCCUCUCAUUGCUUCCUAGGCAAACAGCUGAUCAGUCAUUGUUCAGUGUCUAGCUUCCAAAGCCUAGACAACCUUUCUGUAGCCUAAAAGUAAUAGUCUUUGCUCCAAAUAACUCUCUUUCCUUGAGCUGUUGUGAGCUUUGGGGCAGGUGGCUCAAGCUAGAGAUAAAACAGAACCUGGGCAGUUCCCCCCUGUGAAUUAUCUUCAGCCCAGGCUUUUGCUAGAUGGAAUGGAAAAGUAACUUCAUUUGACACAAAGCUUCUAAAGCAGAUGAAUUGUGGGGGGAGGGAGUUAGCAUCUAUGGAUGUAAGGACGAGGGAAAUGAAGCAAGAGGAAGCUCUUGCCAUGAUCAGACAUGCAGCUGCCUACUUCAAGCCCCACCACACAGCAUGCUUCCUUUCUCUCCUGGCUUGGAGUAAGAAGUGGCUAUGGAGUUUUGGCAAUGCUAAUCUCAAUGUCACAAUGUAUAGUUUAGGCUGAGGAUAAAGAAGAAACAUAAGUUUGUAGAAAAAGUGGUCUCUGCUGGGGAAGGGAUUUUUUUCUUUAAUGACAAGGAGAUUUCUUAGGUCAUUUAUCAAGAAGUCUUGAAGUUGGGUGAUUCCAGAAUUGGUAAAUACAGUAGCUCACAGAAUUUUGAGGAUUCCAUGAGCUGCUCAUCAAAAUUCUUUCCUCUGCUCUGCCAUCUUCAGCAUAUUGGUUGCUCCCCUCAUAGUAAGAAGAUGGCUGUGGCAUUUCCAAACAUCCAAAAAAGGGAAAGAUUUUAGGAGAUGGAGUCGGGUCAAACAUAAAAUAUAUAUAUACAUAAACAUUGCUUAGAACGUUAAACUAUUUCACUUAGAGUAUUUCCCUUCCAAAGAGGGAUGUUUGAAAAAACUCUGAAGGAGAGGAGGAAUUAGUUGGGCUGCCAGUUUCCUCUCCACUGCUGGACAUGAGAUGGAGAGGCUGAGGGACAGAAUCUGUAGGCAGCUUCUAAGUGAACUUCAUAUAGAAAAGGAUCUGAGAACACAUUGCCAAGGGCGUGAGAAGGUUACUGAGGGAGUUAGUGAAAGUCUUAAUAAAAUAAGCUAGAUGUUAGGUCCAUUCAUUAAUUAGUUCCAGUUUCUCCUUGAAAUGGGUAAAAUCUAGAAGGCUUCUCUCCUCAGUGUUGGGUCCCUUCACUUUUUUCUUUCUUUUUUUUUUUUUGGCUCUGUUAACAUCUAGCCUAAUGAAUAGAACUGCCUGUUAGGGACAGGGUUAGGAAUCUCUUCACUAUCCUGAUUCUUGAUUCCUGGCUCUACCCUGUCUGUCCCUUUUCUCUUAACAGAUCUUUCUCUUCCCUGAACGUUUUCUUCUUUCCCUGGAUGGGCAGCCUCCUUUGUGUGUAUUCAGAGGUGGUGAUGACUUGCUGUCCAGGCAGCUCCCUCCUGCAGACAGAAUGCUCAGGGUCACUGAACCACUGCUUCUCUUUCGAAAGUAGAGCUGGCUGCCACUUUCACGUGGCCUCCGGCAUGUUUCCACCUACACCCUGUGCUCCCCUGCCACAGUGAUGGCUCAAGACAAGGCUGGCAACCCUUCCCAGAAACAUCUCUGGCCCAGAACCCCUUUCCCUCCUCCUCUCUCAGGGGGCAUGGCCAAGCCAAGCGCUCAUGUUGAGCCAGUGAGCCAGCCACAGAGCAAAAGAGGGUUUGUUUUCAGUCCCCUCAGUCUGGGUCAGAACCAGAGAGCAUGCUGAUUGCCCCCUGCUUGCUCAGUAAGGCUGCCCCGCCUGAGUCAGUGCUCUCAGCUGGCAGUGCAAUGCUUAUAGAAGUAGGAGGAAACAGUCCUCACUGGAAGGGCAAGAACCCAAGUGCCUCACCUAGAAAGGAGGCCCUGUUCCCUGGAGUCAGGGUGGACUGCAAAGGUUUGGCUGAGACUUGGGAUUUGAGAUACCACAAAACCUGCUGAACAGAGUGUUCAGCAAACUAACCAGCAUUCCCUACAGCCUAGGGCAGACAAUAGUAUAGAAGUCUGAAAAAAAAACGGAAACAGAACAUGAGUGGUCUUAGAACCUUGGACCACUCCUGUCCCUGUACCUCAGUCAUCAAAGCAGAAGCCUGGCUUUGCUCUAUUAAGAUUGGAAAUGUACACUACCAAACGCUCAGUCCACUGUUGAGCCCCAGUGGUGGAAGGGCGGAGGGCCUUUCUUCCUGUGUUAAUCGCAUAGAAGCUACAGGGGUUAGCCUGGACUAAAGGCAUCCUUGUCUUUUGAGCUAUUCACCUCAGUAGAAAAGAAUCUAAGGGAAAAUCAGUAUAGUUUAGAUCUGUUGACUUGUGACCCCUUGGAAAUGUCUGCUGGGUACUUCUAAUUCCACAGGUCACCAGAUGCCUGCUUGAUAAUAUAUGAACAAUAAAAAUAACUUUCACUUCUUCCUAUUGUAAUCGUGUGCCAUGGAUCUGAUCUGUACCAUGACCCUUAUAUAAGGCUGGAUGGAGACCUCAGGCUGAGGGCCCCAAUAUAUGUGUGGGUAUGGGUGGGGAUUUGUCUGCUGAGUAAGGAACACUAUUUUCCAUAUUCUAAAGCUCAAUUCAAGCGACACAUUAAUGAGAAACUCAGAUCUGAUCAAGAGUCUAGAUCUCUAACAGUCCUUGCUUUGGGGGUGUGCUGACAACUUACCCGGUGCCUUACAUCUUUCUAAUCAGUGUUGCAUAUGAGCCUGCCCUCACUCCCUCUGUGGAGUCCCUUUGCACCUGAGAGCCUACAGAAGUGGCUGGUAGAAAAAGGGGCCUGAAUGGAGGAUUGUCAGUAUCACGAAUUGCAGGAUUCCCUUCUGGGCUUCAUUCUGGAGAUUUUUUGUUAGGGCUAUUUUUCUUAAGUGCCCACAUUUGAUGAAGGGUGGAAGUAAUUUGAAUGUAUUUGAUUUAUAAUUUUUUUUUUUUAGGUUAAAAGAUGAUCGUAGCAUUUAAAAUGGAAUUUUUUCUCUUUGGUUUGGUAGUAUCCUGAGUGUAUUCUCUUUAAGUGUAGCUCAAAUGGGUCAGCAUGAAAGGUUAAAUAAAGCAAGGUGGCAAUGCUCUGCUGUGGUUAAGGCCAGGGCCUCUCCUACCACUGUGCCAUUGACUUGCUACGUGACCCUGGGCAAGUCACUUAACUAUAAUGUGCCUCAGUUUUCCUUCUGUUAAAAUGGGGAUAAUAAUACUGACCUACCUCAAAGGGCAGUUUUGAGGCGUGACUAAUGCUUUUUAUAAAGCAUUUUGGGAUCCUUCAGCACAGGAAUUCUCAAGACCUGAGUAUUUUUUUAAUAGCAAUGUCCACCAUGAACUUACUAUGUCCAUGUGUCCCAGAUGCUAUUGUUAGUUUCAUUAGUCUAUGGUUCUCCAAGAGAUUGAAUGAAUCCACUGGAGAAGUGGUAGAUAACUAGCCAGAAGAAAAUUUGAGAAUGCAUAAACUCAUUGCCAUGGAAACAUACGCAGGAUACCUUUUCUUUGAUUUGGUGGGAUUUUUCCCCUUUUAUGUGGGAUAGUAGUUAUUUGUGACAAAAUAAUUUUGGAAUAAUUUCUAUUAAUAUCAACUCUGAAGUUAGUUGUACUGAUCUGGAUUGUGUUUGUUCAUAAUAAAAGUGAAGUGAAUCUGA